UGGAAAAAACAAAAAAUUGGCGGGUGGCGUUCGUGUCUCUGCGUUUCCUUGUUCCCGACGGUUAAAUUAGUUAAAUGAACGUCGACCCAUGUUAACUUAAACGUCACUGGAACUUUUUCCGGAUCUUAUAACGCUUGUUAAUUCGACGACAGUUAGUUAAAUGUACGCCGAUAAGCUCGAAAGCUAAGUUAGCUAGUGCUAACAGUAAAACUUUGGCUAGCAGCAUCAGAGCUAGCCGGCUAGCUGUUCGAUAUUAGCCAUGGUGGCUUUCUGACCAGUCACCACCGGACACUCGCGUCGCUUCUCCCGUCGCGGAAAUAAUGGCGAACCCGGCGUGGUUGCAGAGAAAGAAUGGGAAAUAUCUGUGGUUUGCUCUUCUCGGACUGGGAUUUCAACCGGACACCGAGACGUUGUCUAUGGCCAAAGUCAACAUUAACGUGAAACACAUCAACCUGGGACCGAACAUGUUUGACAAACCAAACAAGGAUGCUUCCUACAUCGUCAUCCAUUUCCUGUUGGAGAAACUCAACCCGUCACGAUUUAAUGACGCGUACAGGCAUUGCUGGCCUGUUUUGAACCACAAAGCAGAUGCUGAGUUCCGCAAGGUGACCUGCGCUUGGCUGCGAGAAAUAAUGGAUGAAAUUGCAAAUGCGGGAUCCAAAGUGGUUGCAUCCUUGUUCCUUUCCCCUGGAGGCCCCAAGUUUAUCAACCUCAUGCUUCAUUUGGCCAACCAUGUCAUGCUGCAGGAAAUGAAGACAUUCACCACAGAUUCGAAAUGGGUUCCGGAGGCUGCAGCAAUUCCCACUUCUUCCCUGGGCAUGGCAGGGACGAGGCUCAGCCUGACUAGUAAAAGGUUUUUGAAAACUGCAGUGGAUCAAGAUCAUUUUCUUCAGGAGUACCAGAAAAAAGCCCUGCUUCUGGUGAAGUCUCUGAGGGAUAUCAGAGAAGAAGGUGCAAAGUAUGGGGAGCUACUCAAACGUCACAGCGGUGGUUCGGCACAGGAGGGACCUUCUCGAGCCGAGAAGACCAAGAAGGUGCGCUGCUUGUGGUCGGACAUCGACCGAAUGCUGUCGGCCAUCAAAGAGGAGCAGAAUGCCGUGGACAGUGUUAUGAAAGGGGAUGUAGACCAAUACGUCCUGGAUGGGACGGAUCGAGUGCUCAAAAUUCCCCGCAGUCUGUUGGAGAGAAUUGAACGGCUCCCACAUCAGUUGAGUUCAGGGAAUGUUUACGAGGCUGGCCAGCUGAACCUCCUGUGUGUGUUGGAGCUGAUGAACCAUGCGCUGCAGAUCCUGAGGGACGAGCGUUGUCAAGUCUCCCACGCCCCCAAGUCUCCGCUCCGUCCUCAGCACCUGCAGGAGAAGUGUCAGCAGAUGUCCCGUGUGCUGCAGGACCUCCACCUCAUCAGACAGAAGAUUUCUAAGGAAGAAAUUCCUGAGGUCAGGAGUACCAUCAGAGAGUUGGAGGCUGAGUGGGACAGGAAGUGGAUGGACACCCUCAAAGAAACACCACUAGUCUCUUUUCUGAAUGAAGAUCCUGCUCUUGGUUUCCUCUCACCGAUGGCUCCAUUGUCAUUUAAGCCGGCGGCUGAAGCCAGUUACAGAAGAAGUGUCUUUUCCCAGUAUCCUGCUAAACUUCUUGCUGAGCAGCCAGCACAGAGUAAAUCACAUGAAGGCAUUGACCUAAGUUAUUCAAUCCUGAAAAGCUCGUGCUCUGCAACAGCUGAGAGGACUGAAAGUCCCGUUGGCACCACCGGCACUUCCACUGGCGCUUCAUCUCGAGCGAAUACCUCUCUGGACUGGCUUUUCGACACUCCCCCAUCUCCUCCUCUGAGGGCUCCGCCCGCACCACCACCUGAGGCCAGUGUGAAGAAGAUGACCGGUGUUCAUCCGAAGGUAGCUCCCACGAGGACCGAGACUGACAUAUUGGUCAUGGAGUGUGAUAACCUCGCCGAUCAGUUUGCAGAUGCUGUGACUACUAGUCCGACAGAAGGCAGGGUCAAAGGUGUGGACUUGGAGGGCCUUCUCAACACUCUACAAGGAGACCCCUUCUCUACUAGAAAGCAACUUCAUCGUACACCUGAAAGCUUGAUAAUGGAUGUGAAAAGCUCCUGGCGGAAGGCAGUUGAGGAAGAUGAAGCAGAGAAACUCAGACAGUCGGCCGAGUUUAAUGACCGCAUAACGGAGCGGCUCGCUUCUUUUCAGGAGCCUCACGAUGGGUCGAUGAGCUCUGACGCUCCCGCCCUGAGUUCCUCCUGCAGUACUGCCCACGCUGUCGUUAGCCACAUUAGCCCCCCUGUCUGCCAGCAGAGGGUCUUCCUCAACUCCCCUCUGUUGUGGGACACCUUCAACAUUGACGCCCUUGACAGCCCGAGUGGCACGGGCAGCAGUGCGGUCCAGUUCAGUCUCGAUCAGGAAACACUCCCCGAAAUGCCGAGCUGUGACAGUCUGCUGAGCCUUGACGACGAAGCUCUGGAUCUGAGUGAGGAGGACGAAGAUGAGCUCCUCAUCCCCUCCCUAAAGACUGAAGCGAAGCGCUCGCCACAAACGAUGGCUUCUCAUCGGGGUCAGACCCAGCAGGCGUGUGAUGGGGGCUCCUUCAUCCAAAGCAGGCAGAGGACGCCGGAGUGUCUUCUCUCGGGUCACGCUGUUUCUGGUCUGGACAGAACCUGGCUGAUGGAGCCUGUGAAGUCAGUGGAAGCCUCAGACAAGGUCUUUUCACUGGACCUAGACACAAUGGAGACGCCGUCACCCCCAAAGAAACAGGAGUACAACCUCCCAAAGCUGAUCACAUUCUCUCCCAUAGAUGACAUGAAGUGUUAACCACAUUCAUAGAGAAACACUCUUCAGCCUUUGUCUUAAACGCUCUGCCCUGAUUUUAAUAGACCGAUAAUGUUACAGAUAUUUGUAAGAUCUAUACAUAGGUGUGAAAUAACAAUUGUCACUAGUUUUGUUUGAGCUUAUUGCUUUUAACUUAAAUAACACGAUGAACUGCCUUAAUAAAAUUGUAAAAAACGUA